AUGACGACCGAGGCCAAGGCAGCGGCGGCCUCGCCGCCUCCGGCCGAUGCUUCACUUCCCCUUGGGCCACCGGCGCCUGAUCACGCCAAGGCAUCGUUGGCCAGCCUCUUUGUCUUCACCAAAGCGUCACACCUGGCGACCCUGAUUGCGGCGAUCCUUGCUUCCACCGCGGCUGCUGGCCUUCGUACCGUCUUUGCAAUAUUUCUAGGUCGCAUCUUUGACAUAUUUGCCGCCUUUGGCAGCGGCAUCCGAUCUGGAGACAGCUCUGUUCAGGGCGUUUCGGAAUGGUGUCUGCUCUUGACCGGCCUCGGGCUCGGGAACUGGCUUGCCAGUGCCUCUCUGCUGUCGUUUUGGAUCGCAUUCGGAGAGCUUCAGGCAGAAAGCGCGCGCCGAAGCAUUUUCAAGAGCCUCCUCUAUCGUGACUUGGCUUGGUUCGACACAUCCGAACGGGCCAUGUCCAGUCUUCUAGUGACAGUUCAGACACAAACACGAGAACUUCAGCUCGCGACAUCGCAGGUGUUUGGUCUCCUCAUCUGCGAUACUGUGUCCGCCCUCGCUUCGCUCGGUGUCGCUCUCUACCACUCGUGGAAGUUGACUCUUGUUCUCGUCGCUACGGUCCCGGUCUCAAUCAUCAUCCUGUCCCAUGCCACGAAGCGAAUGGACCCUGCCAUUCGGACACAAAAGACCCACCUGGAGACGGCCUCGAAGCUCACGUCCGCCUCCGUCUCCGCCAUUAAGCUUGUCAAAGUCUACGACGGUUGUGACCGCAAUGUUCAACAAUACUACCGCGCGGUCAAGCGUGCGGCGGGUCAAUAUCUCAUUCAGGCUCAGUGCAAUGCGUUCCAGCUCGGCUACAUUGCCUUCUGGGUUGUCUCCAUGUUCGUGGUCGGAUUCUGGUACGGCGUUGUGCUUGUGCAGUCCGGCCUCCCGGCAGGACAUGUCUUGACCACCUUCUUCGCCAUCCUGGCUUUGUUUCAGGGUGUUGAAUCGGUCGCACCACAUUGGCUGGUCCUUUCCAAAGGCAUGGCCGCGGGCAACUUCCUCUCCGGCAUCGGCAAGAAGUCGGACUCUGAGCCGCCACCUGCCAACGCUGUCAGCGCACAUCCAAGACUCCGGCCCGGCCACAAGCUAGGCGGCAUCGAGUUGAGAAACGUAAGCUUUGCGUAUCCCUCGCGGCCGGAGAAGACGGUCCUGGAGCCGUCGAGCUUCAUGUUCCCUGCCGGCCAAACCACCUUCGUCGUCGGCAAGAGUGGCUCGGGCAAGAGCACCGUGGCAAACUUAAUUGCCAGAUUGUACAAACCACUUACCGGGCAAAUCUUGAUUGAUGGACGGCCGGCAGACGAGCUGGAUCGCGACUGGCUGCGCGAAAACAUUACGGUCAUCCAGCAGACGAGCAUCCUCUUCAACGACACGCUCUUCAACAAUAUUGCCCCGGCACACCCUGCCCCUGAACUGGUCCGCUACAAGGACGUCAUUGAUGCCUGCCAAUUCGCUCUCCUUCAGUCAUUGCUUGCGGAACUCCCGAACGGGCUCGACACUUUGGUGGGACCCGGAGGCUUCGACCUGAGUGGUGGACAGAAGCAAAUGAUAGCAUUGGCCCGAGCCCGGCUCAGAGAUCCCGCAGUCCUCGUUCUCGAUGAGAUCACGAGCGGCCUAGAUAAGUUGAGGCGCGGCCUCGUCAUGGAUGGCAUUAGAGAGUGGCGCAAAGACAAGACGACCAUCAUCAUAACUCACGACAUGGCGCAGAUCGAAGAGAGCGAAUACGUUUAUGUCAUGGAAGACGCUUCCAUUGUCCAGCAAGGACCCAAGAGCGUUCUUUCCACUCGCAAUAAGGGGGCGUUCGCCGUUCUAUCGGGCGGGGCUGACGAAGACGAGGAUGGUGACGACGACGAUGACAACAACGUCGUAGUACAGAAAGGCGUUCAGUUCUCGAGAUUCUCGACCAGCGACGCCCGAAGCUCGUCACCAACAUCAUGGUCUAAGUCAUGCACUACGCUCAAUGCCUCCAACGGCCCAGAGAGCUCAAGUCGAACGCUGCUCUACAUACCGCCAUCCAUCUAUUCCGAGUCCGCUUCGUCUUGGAACGGAGUCAUAUCCGGGCUCUGGGAACCACCCAUGCCUCCUCAGAAACCUCAGCUCGCACGGCUGACGACACUCAUAGAGUCUGACCUGCGUGAUUUCUCGCAGUUCAUCGACGACCAAUUUUCACCUCCGGAUCGUGAGCGGUCUAGGAGUCGCAGUGUGGGAAUGCUGUCCCCUGUCUUGCUUGAGGGGUCAAGUCUGGACCCUUUUGCAGACAAAGACGACGACAAUUUCCUAUUUGGGGCUGCCAACCGGCGAAGUAACAUAUCAGUCCUCCGUCGCGUCACCACCCGAAAGCGUCUGGAGGAAUCGACGAAGGCAAAGGAGCCUACGGACCAGUGCCCUCCCGGCUCGAGCCUGUCAGCAACGUUGAAAACACUUUGGCCUGCUUUAGGAGUCUUGCACAAGAUUGUCUGUAUACUUGGCUCACUCACCUGCCUCAUUGGGUCUGCGGCUACACCGGCAUUUGGCUUUUGCUUGGGACAUCUUCUGAGUGCCAUGUGGUCAUCAGGUGAUAAAGCUGCCGAGGGGAGAAAGUGGGCCUUGUACCUCCUCGCCAUAGCCUUUGUGGAUGGUAUCUGUCGGGGUGGCGGUCGGUAUCUCAUGGAAAUUGUCGCACAGGCAUGGGUGGACAACAUCAGGGUCGAGGCACUGAAGAGGAUCCUCCAACAGCCAAUAUCGUGGUUUGACGACAAGAGCAACUCGCCGAGCCGCAUCAGCGAGGCUCUCGAGCGGAGCCCAGAAGAGAUGAGGAGCAUCGUUGGACGGUUCGUUCCGAUCGUCCUCACCGUCGCCGGAACCGUUUCGAUAGCCGUCAUUUGGGCCAUGGCCACCUCCUGGCGGCUAACGCUCGUCGUGCUCGCGCCGUUGCCGGUCGUCUUCGGCGCGGUGAAAGGAUACGCGGCGGUCAACACGAAGUGGGAGGCGAAGUGCAAUGACGGUGCUGAAGACUCGAGCGCCCUGGCCACCGACAUUCUCCUCAACCUUCGUGUCGUGCGAUGUUUAACCAUGGAGGACCACUUCACGCGCAAGUACGACGCGACGGUCAGGCGAACGCUCGGCCUCGGGCUGAGGCGCGCAGCGUACAGCGGCUGGCUUUUUGGCCUCUAUCAGUCGAUGGGCUACAUGCUCGUUGCACUUAUCUUCUACUACACCAUGGUGCUCUUGGCAGGAGGUCUGAAGAGGGAGGUGACGCAGAUGCUCCAGGUCGUCAAUGUCCUGGUCUUCAGCAUUGGCAACGCCUCGGACAUUCUCAGUGGCAUACCUCAGCUCACCAUGGCUCAGGCUGCCGCGACGCAGCUCCUGAAGUAUGCCAGCCUGCUCCUGGAGCGACGAGGCUGCGAGCAGUCCUCACGGAAGCUUCACAGCGGGCCUCUUCCCGUGAGAAUGCGCAGGCUUACAUUUGCCUACCCCCUUCAGCCCGAGGAACCAGUCCUCAGGCACGUAUCCCUGGACAUCAAUUCUGGAGAGUGUACUGCCAUUGUCGGCCAGUCAGGCUGCGGCAAGUCAACCGUCGUCUCUCUGCUCCUGGGUCUGUAUGACCCUCCGCCGGGGCGUCGCGGCGGCGGAUCAGCGCUCACGUUCUCCCAUGUCCCGCACAGCGAUGUCGAUAUGCAAAGUCUUCGCUCCUUUGUGGCCUACGUGCCGCAGUCCCCCUUCAUCUUUCCCUCCAGCAUAGCCGACAACAUCACGUAUGGCCUGGCGGCAGACUCGGAGCCACCGUCCGAUCGCCUGGCCAGGGUCAUGCACGCAGCACAGGCAGUCAAUCUGCACGACUUUAUCGCAUCUCUUCCGCAGGGCUACGAUACCAUCGUCGGGGACGGGGGGCUGACGCUCUCGGGCGGACAAGCGCAACGGCUGUGCAUUGCGCGGGCGCUCAUUCGUCGCCCACGGCUUCUCGUCAUGGACGAGCCCACGAGCGCUCUCGAUGCCGAGAACGCGGCCGCCGUCCGUCAAAUCAUCGGAGACCUGGUCCGGGGCCGGUCAAGCCUGUGCAAGUCGCCGACAGAGAUCAGUGCAAUGCCCGACCAGGCCGACGAAAUGGCCAUUGUGCUUGUCACGCACAGUAUAGACAUGAUGCACGUGGCAGACAAGAUUAUUGUUCUUGACGACGGAAUCAAGGUUGAGGAGGGGACGAGCGUCGAGGAGUUGGCGCGGGCCAAUGGUCCGUUCAGCCGUCUCAUGAGCGGAGGAGUCUGGGUGGACGGCGAUGAUGCAACGAGGUAG